GGAGUGUCCUGCGCGCUCUCGCUCGCUCUCGGCCACCCUCGCUGGGCCCCGCUGCGGCGCGCGCUGCACCCCCCGGCCGGGCGCGCGGACCCUCACCUUGCGCGGCCCGCUCCCCUCGCCCCUCCCCGCUCCCCGGGCUCCGCGCUCCCCACCCCCACGCCCUCCUCCUGCUCCCAGCCACAAUCGGCCGGGGUCUGGGGCCGCUCAGCUGCCCGCAGAGCCUCCUCCCUCGCCACCGACUUGGUCUCUUCCCGCCUUUCCCGGGCUCUCGGCAGCUCUCGGGGGAGCCCGAACGCGCGGGGAAAGGCGAGCCGCACGGCCGGGGGAGGGGGCGGGACCGCGCGCGGCCGGUCGCGCCCGCUGGGGCCCGCGAUGGCGGGGGCCUGGCUCAGGUGGGGGCUCCUGCUCUGGGCAGGGCUGCUCGCGUCCUCGGCGCACGGCCGGGUGCGGAGGAUCACCUACGUGGUGCACCCGGGCCCCGGCCUGGCAGCCGGCGCCUUGCCCCUGAGCGGGCCCCCGCGUUCGCGGACAUUCAACGUCGCGCUCAACGCCAGGUACAGCCGCAGCUCGGCGGCUGCCGGCGCCCCCAGCCGUGCCUCCCCCGGGGUCCCCUCGGAGAGGACCCGGCGCACGAGCAAGCCGGGCGGCGCGGCCCUGCAGGGGCUCAGACCGCCGCCGCCGCCGCCGGAGCCUGCGCGUCCCGCGGCCCCCGGCGGGCAGCUCCACCCCAAGCCCGGCGGCCACCCGGCAGCCGCCCCGUUCACCAAACAAGGCAGGCAAGUUGUGCGCUCCAAGGUGCCGCAGGAGACCCAGAGCGGCGGAGGCUCUAGGCUGCAGGUUCACCAGAAGCAGCAGCUGCAGGGGGUCAAUGUCUGUGGAGGGCGGUGCUGUCAUGGCUGGAGUAAGGCCCCUGGCUCCCAGAGGUGCACCAAACCUAGCUGUGUUCCGCCAUGUCAGAAUGGAGGGAUGUGUCUCCGGCCACAACUCUGUGUGUGUAAACCAGGGACCAAGGGCAAAGCCUGUGAAACAAUAGCUGCCCAGGACACCUCGUCACCAGUCUUUGGAGGGCAGAGUCCUGGGGCUGCUUCCUCGUGGGGCCCUCCUGAGCAAGCAGCAAAGCAUACUUCAUCUAAGAAGGCAGACACUCUACCAAGAGUCAGCCCUGUGGCCCAGAUGACCUUAACCCUCAAGCCGAAGCCUUCAGUGGGACUCCCCCAGCAGAUACAUUCUCAAGUGACUCCUCUUUCUUCCCAGAGUGUGAUGAUUCACCAUGGCCAGACCCAGGAAUACGUGCUCAAGCCCAAGUACUUUCCAGCCCAGAAGGGGAUUUCAGGAGAGCAGUCCACUGAAGGUUCUUUCCCUUUAAGAUACGUGCAGGAUCAAGUUGCGGCACCUUUUCAGCUGAGUAACCACACUGGCCGCAUCAAGGUGGUCUUUACUCCGAGCAUCUGUAAAGUGACCUGCACCAAGGGCAGCUGUCAGAACAGCUGUGAGAAGGGGAACACCACCACUCUCAUUAGUGAGAAUGGUCAUGCUGCCGACACCCUGACGGCCACGAACUUCCGAGUGGUAAUUUGCCAUCUUCCAUGUAUGAAUGGUGGCCAGUGCAGUUCAAGGGACAAAUGUCAGUGCCCUCCAAAUUUCACAGGAAAACUUUGUCAGAUCCCAGUCCAUGGUGCCAGCGUGCCUAAACUUUAUCAGCAUUCCCAGCAGCCAGGCAAGGCAUUGGGGACGCAUGUCAUCCAUUCAACACAUACCUUGCCUCUGACCGUGACUAGCCAGCAAGGAGUCAAAGUGAAAUUUCCUCCUAACAUAGUCAAUAUCCAUGUGAAACAUCCGCCUGAGGCUUCCGUCCAGAUACAUCAGGUUUCAAGAGUUGAUGGCCCAACAGGCCAGAAGACAAAAGAAGCUCAACCAGGCCAAUCCCAAGUCUCGUACCAAGGGCUUCCUGUCCAGAAGACCCAGACCAUACAUUCCACAUACUCCCACCAGCAGGUCAUUCCUCACGUCUACCCCGUGGCUGCUAAGACACAGCUUGGCCGGUGCUUCCAGGAAACCAUUGGGUCACAGUGUGGCAAAGCGCUCCCUGGCCUUUCAAAGCAAGAGGACUGCUGUGGAACUGUGGGUACCUCCUGGGGCUUUAACAAAUGCCAGAAAUGCCCCAAGAAACCAUCUUAUCAUGGAUACAACCAAAUGAUGGAAUGCCUACCGGGUUAUAAGCGGGUUAACAACACCUUUUGCCAAGAUAUUAAUGAAUGUCAGCUACAAGGUGUAUGCCCUAAUGGUGAGUGUUUGAAUACCAUGGGCAGCUAUCGAUGUACCUGCAAAAUAGGAUUUGGGCCGGAUCCUACCUUUUCAAGUUGUGUUCCUGAUUCCCCUGUGAUCUCGGAAGAGAAAGGGCCCUGUUACCGACUUGUCAGUUCUGGAAGACAGUGUAUGCACCCUCUGUCUGUUCACCUCACCAAGCAGCUCUGCUGUUGUAGUGUGGGCAAGGCCUGGGGCCCACACUGUGAGAAAUGUCCCCUUCCAGGCACAGCUGCUUUUAAGGAAAUCUGUCCUGGUGGAAUGGGUUAUACGGUUUCUGGCGUUCAUAGACGCAGGCCAAUCCAUCACCAUAUAGGUAAAGGACCUGUAUUUGUCAAGCCAAAGAACACUCAACCUGUUGCUAAAAGUACUCAUCCUCCACCUCUCCCAGCCAAGGAAGAGCCAGUGGAGGCCCUGACCUUCUCCCGGGAACACGGGCCAGGAGUGGCGGAGCCAGAAGUGGCAACUGCACCCCCUGAAAAGGAAAUACCUUCAUUGGAUCAAGAGAAAACCAAACUUGAGCCUGGUCAACCCCAGCUGUCUCCAGGCAUUUCCACUAUUCAUCUGCGUCCACAGUUUCCAGUAGUGAUUGAAAAAACAUCACCUCCUGUGCCUGUUGAAGUAGCUCCUGAAGCUUCUAAGUCUAGUGCCAGCCAAGUGAUUGCUCCUACUCAAGUGACAGAAAUCAAUGAAUGUACUGUGAACCCUGAUAUCUGUGGAGCAGGACACUGCAUUAACCUACCAGUGAGAUAUACCUGUAUAUGCUACGAGGGCUACAAGUUCAGUGAACAACAGAGGAAAUGUGUGGAUAUUGAUGAGUGUACUCAGGUCCAACACCUCUGCUCCCAGGGACGCUGUGAAAACACCGAGGGAAGUUUCUUGUGCAUUUGCCCAGCAGGAUUUAUGGCCAGUGAGGAGGGUACUAACUGCAUAGAUGUUGACGAAUGCCUGAGGCCGGACGUCUGUGGGGAGGGGCACUGUGUCAAUACUGUGGGGGCCUUCCGGUGUGAAUACUGUGACAGCGGGUACCGCAUGACUCAGAGAGGCCGUUGUGAGGAUAUUGAUGAAUGUUUGAAUCCAAGCACUUGUCCAGAUGAGCAGUGUGUGAAUUCUCCUGGAUCUUACCAGUGCGUUCCCUGCACAGAAGGAUUCCGAGGGUGGAAUGGACAGUGCCUUGAUGUGGACGAGUGCCUGGAACCAAACGUCUGCACAAAUGGUGAUUGUUCCAACCUUGAAGGCUCCUACAUGUGUUCAUGCCACAAAGGCUAUACCCGGACUCCGGACCACAAGCACUGUAGAGAUAUUGAUGAAUGUCAGCAAGGGAAUCUAUGCGUAAACGGGCAGUGCAAAAAUACCGAGGGCUCCUUCAGGUGCACCUGUGGACAGGGGUACCAGCUGUCGGCAGCUAAAGACCAGUGUGAAGACAUUGAUGAAUGCCAGCACCGUCAUCUCUGUGCUCAUGGGCAGUGCAGGAACACUGAGGGCUCUUUUCAAUGUGUGUGUGACCAGGGUUACAGAGCAUCUGGGCUUGGAGACCACUGUGAAGAUAUCAAUGAAUGCUUGGAGGACAAGAGUGUUUGCCAGAGAGGAGACUGCAUUAAUACUGCAGGGUCCUAUGACUGUACUUGUCCGGAUGGAUUUCAGCUAGAUGACAAUAAAACAUGUCAAGAUAUUAAUGAAUGUGAACAUCCAGGGCUCUGUGGUCCACAAGGGGAGUGCCUAAACACAGAGGGUUCUUUCCAUUGUGUCUGCCAACAGGGUUUCUCAAUCUCUGCAGAUGGCCGUACGUGUGAAGAUAUUGAUGAAUGUGUAAACAACACUGUUUGUGACAGUCACGGGUUUUGUGACAAUACAGCUGGCUCCUUCCGCUGCCUCUGUUAUCAGGGCUUUCAAGCCCCACAGGAUGGGCAAGGGUGUGUGGAUGUGAAUGAAUGUGAACUGCUCAGUGGGGUGUGUGGUGAAGCCUUCUGUGAAAACGUGGAAGGGUCCUUCCUGUGCGUGUGUGCUGAUGAAAACCAAGAGUACAGCCCCAUGACUGGGCAGUGCCGCUCCCGGACCUCCACAGAUUUAGAUGUAGAUGUAGAUCAACCCAAAGAAGAAAAGAAAGAAUGCUACUAUAAUCUCAAUGACGCCAGUCUCUGCGAUAAUGUGUUGGCCCCCAAUGUCACGAAACAAGAAUGCUGCUGUACAUCAGGCGCGGGAUGGGGAGAUAACUGCGAAAUCUUCCCCUGCCCGGUCUUGGGAACUGCUGAGUUCACUGAAAUGUGUCCCAAAGGGAAAGGUUUUGUGCCUGCUGGAGAAUCUUCUGAAGCUGGUGGUGAGAACUAUAAAGAUGCAGAUGAAUGCCUACUUUUUGGACAAGAAAUCUGCAAAAAUGGUUUCUGUUUGAACACUCGGCCUGGGUAUGAAUGCUACUGUAAGCAAGGGACGUACUAUGAUCCUGUGAAACUGCAGUGCUUUGAUAUGGAUGAAUGUCAAGACCCCAGUAGUUGUAUUGAUGGCCAGUGUGUUAAUACAGAGGGCUCUUACAACUGCUUCUGUACUCACCCCAUGGUCCUGGAUGCGUCAGAAAAAAGAUGUAUACGACCGGCUGAGUCAAACGAACAAACAGAAGAAACUGAUGUCUACCAAGAUUUGUGCUGGGAACAUCUGAGUGAUGAGUACGUGUGUAGCCGGCCUCUUGUGGGCAAGCAGACAACGUACACUGAGUGCUGCUGUCUGUAUGGAGAGGCCUGGGGCAUGCAGUGUGCCCUCUGCCCCAUGAAGGAUUCAGAUGACUAUGCUCAGCUGUGUAACAUCCCCGUGACGGGACGCCGGCAGCCAUAUGGACGGGACGCCUUAGUUGACUUCAGUGAACAGUAUACUCCAGAAACCGAUCCCUACUUCAUCCAAGACCGUUUUCUAAAUAGCUUUGAGGAGUUACAGGCUGAGGAAUGCGGCAUCCUCAAUGGAUGUGAAAAUGGUCGCUGUGUGAGGGUCCAGGAAGGUUACACCUGUGAUUGCUUUGAUGGGUAUCACUUGGAUACGGCCAAGAUGACCUGUGUCGAUGUAAAUGAAUGUGAUGAGUUGAACAACCGGAUGUCUCUCUGCAAGAAUGCCAAGUGCAUUAACACCGAUGGUUCCUACAAGUGUUUGUGUCUGCCAGGCUACGUGCCUUCUGACAAGCCAAACUACUGCACUCCGUUGAAUACCGCCUUGAAUUUAGAGAAAGACAGUGACCUGGAGUGAAACAGAAUCUACAUAACCUAAGCCCAUAUACUCUGCACUGUGUAAAGGAAAAGGGAGAAAUGUAUUAUACUUGAGACAUUGCACCUACCCCGGAAGGCUGGAAAUAUAGAAACAGCAUGGAGUUGCAAGUCCUCUGAAGACAAUGAGAGGAUUUAGGAUGAGCCCGACAGGUGUGGCAGACCAAAUGGACAUUUCUCUAAAAAACCAGUAUAUAUAGUCUGUUCAUAUGUAAAAUUCAAUGGAAGAGAGGUGGAACAGUGCUGUUAUUUUAAACAGAAGGUUGUAUUAUUAUGUUGUUUUGUUUUUUUACUAUUGCUUGAUUAAAUUUGGCAUUAAAUAGUGGUGGAAAUAUUUUAUAUAAUUUUCAUUUUUUGGUUGUGCAGUUCCUUGGCUACUGUUUUUCUUUUACUUCAGUUUUUUAAAAAUCUCAAAUGAAAAAGUCUUCGAUACAAUAUUGUUAAGCUGUAUUAUAAGUAUUGUUACACAGAGUUAUGCAAUUCCCGGCCUGGAGCAUUUUUGAAAUUCAAAUUGUCUGUCCUGUGGAGCAGGCAGUGAUUUUGUUCCAAAACUUUGUAUACACAUUUGGAGAAAAGUACUUUAUAUUUUCAGUGUUUUGUCUGAUUUUAAUGUCCAUUCUUAGCCAAGCUGCUAGCAGGUGUUAAUUGGAUCCCUUUCCUUCAUUGAAAUGGAAGAGUUUAUAAGCUUACGUUAGUAUUGUAAUAUGUAAAGUAAGCCCAACAAAAAUUUUUAAAAAUUUGAUGAUCCCCAAUAUAUCUACCAUUGUAUGUUAAAGUGAAAUAAAUCACCAUUUUUGUAGAAAAAAUUCUACCUGAGAGUAAUUGUCAGCGAGUACCUGUGUAUAAGUUGUAUCCCCCUCUCCCCACUUUUAUCUUUACCAGUGGUCUUCUGUUAAUGUAGUGUCUUUUACAAGUUAAUCAUUAAAUUUGUUAGAUCUUG